GAGUCUGAGUAGCGCAAAAGGCGUAUUAUCAUAUUUCUGUUUCUGUCGAAAGGCCGAUGUCGUUGUUUGAUAACUAUUGGUAUAGUUUGUGAAACAUUGUACGAAAAAGCGUGACUUGUGAUUGUUUAAACUUUUAUGUGUUUUAUGUGUAUUUAUCAUAAAAUACGAUGUUUGAUUUUGUUCACUUAAUUUAUUUCUUUUUAUCAUUACAAUACGCGAGCUUACACGGACAAGAUACAUUUGCAAUGUACGAAUUAUACUCACAAAAUGAGAUAAAUGGUAAUGAAAUACUAACGCUUCUUCAAAGUUCAGAACAAGUAUGCGUUUUCAAAUGCCACAAAACGUAUGGUUGUUUAUCUGUGAAUUAUCACAAAGGUAACAAGACGUGUGUUCUUACCGACUACUAUCCGCUCGACGGAACGAAGACGGGCAUUCCACAGGCCGGUUGGAAUAUUUAUUUUCGGAGAACCUUUGAUGUAGACAUUUUGAAAGACGCAGAAGCAUGGCAGUCGACAACGCUUGUUUGGAAUGGAGUCCCGUUAACUGCAGACAAAGCCAUUGAUGGAGACAUUAACAAUAAUGCAAAACAAAACGAUUGCGCUCACUUAACAGGCACAAAUUCUUACUGGGCAGUAGCUUUUGGUGCAUUUGGGCCUGUCAAGGAAGUGAAAAUCUACUUGAGGAGCGAUCAUACCGUGGCAAACCAUGCUACCUACACAGUGACGGUGUGUAACAGCCGUGACGAUGUCAUUAAUGGUAAAGGAACAUUGUGUGGCUCAUACUAUGGUCCGGAUUCUUACACACAUCCUUUCAUCUUAACAGUAACAUGUGAAAACACCGUCUUUGGUAGAUUCCUGAGAAUAAACAAGGAUACGGAAGCUUUUUGCUUAUGUGAAGUAUUUGUUUAUCCCCCAAAGUAAAGGAUUUGGUUUCAAAACAUUUCAAUUUGAAAGCAAAACAAUGCAUAAGGUAGUGAUCCUGACUGGGAGAAAUUAAAAGAAAACACAUUACAUGCGAGAAGAGAUUAAAUUGAAAUGAAAUCUUUAAACAAGAAUUAUCUAUCAUAAAAUUACUAUUAUUUGGAAUGGAAACCAUUUAUUUUCCUUGUUGUUUUAUCAUUUCUAUAGGGAGACUAUUGAUUAUGUUAGAAAACAUGUGUCUUCUCCCGUUUAUGGUUCGGUGGCUUCUGAUGCCCUGCUUGUGUGGCUGGGUUGACCCGGGGGCUACGUUCUGUGUACGUUGCCUUGCACUUGUUGAUCUUGGUUCUCAUAAUUUAAUAAGUGAUGUUUCGAAGAAAAGUGCCCCGCACGUCUAGCAUUGAUUUGGACAGAAUUUGACACCUUUUUACUUUAAUAAACUCCCCUUUCCUGUUUAUGCAUUCAACGUUGUUAUAUUUUCAUCCGGCGGUCAUUGUUUGUUGCCCUCCUUCAUCACCGUGCAUAUCCCAUAACGCUGGAAUGUGCAAUUAACGUAAAAGUAACGCCGAAUCUGUGCAACGCUAUCGCCAAAACGAAUAACACAGAAAGUAAACGAACCAAAAUAUUUUAUUCUAAAUCAAAUUUAAAGAAAUGAAUAAGCACAUACGGCUGCUUCGACAUUAUACUUAAACCAGCAUUACAAUUUUUGUUAGUAAUUAUUACUUUUUAGAUCAUUCGUGAGAAAGACAACCUGAUUACUGUUUUGAACGUGAUUUUUUUGUUGUAUUUUUUCAAAUGAAUAUGUACAUUUAAAACAUUUAAAACUUUAUUUUUUUCAUAUUCUGUAUACGUAAGACAUUUGUCAAACUAAAAGUUUUGUAUAACCAUAGAAAGAAGCUGGUAGAAUAGGA